AUGACACCCACAACGCAUAAAGUGUUGUUUUUGUGGAACAGAAUAAAUUUACCCACAAAGAAAGAAUAUGGGAGAAAGAAUAUAACAGUAACACUUCUAUUCUCUCUUCACAACAAAUUCUAAGCCUAAACGAAUCAUGGAAGACAACAAGGGUAGAAAAGUUGUUGUUUCUGCUCUUCAGUUUUCUUGCACCGAUGAUGUUUCAACCAAUGUUGCCACCGCCGAGAGACUUGUUAGAGCUGCUCAUAAGCAGGGUGCAAACAUUGUUCUCAUUCAGGAACUCUUUGAAGGUUAUUACUUCUGUCAGGCACAAAGAGAGGAUUUCAUUCAAAGAGCUAAGCCUUAUAAGGACCAUCCUACAAUUACGAGGAUGCAGAAACUUGCAAAAGAAUUGGGUGUAGUCAUACCAGUUAGCUUCUUUGAGGAGGCAAACAAUGCACAUUAUAAUUCAAUAGCCAUCGUUGAUGCUGAUGGAACAGAUCUUGGAAUUUAUAGAAAAUCUCAUAUUCCAGAUGGACCAGGUUAUGAGGAAAAGUUCUAUUUUAAUCCGGGCGACACUGGAUUUAAGGUUUUCGAGACAAAAUAUGCAAAAAUUGGAGUCGCUAUUUGCUGGGAUCAGUGGUUUCCGGAGGCAGCCCGAGCAAUGGUGCUUCAAGGUGCUGAGAUUUUAUUUUAUCCAACUGCUAUUGGAUCUGAACCUCACGAUCACAGCAUCGACUCUCGUGACCAUUGGAAACGAGUAAUGCAAGGACAUGCUGGGGCCAAUCUGGUACCUCUUGUGGCUUCAAAUAGGAUAGGGAAUGAGAUAAUUGAGACUGAGCAUGGAAAAAGUGAGAUAAAGUUUUACGGAAACUCCUUCAUAGCAGGGCCUACUGGAGAAAUUGUUUCAAUUGCUGAUGAUAAAGAGGAAGCAGUUCUUAUUGCUGAAUUUGAUUUGGACAAAAUCAAAUCCACAAGACAUUGUUGGGGGGUAUUCCGUGAUCGGCGUCCAGAUCUAUAUAAGGUGCUUUUAACAUUAGACGGCAAAAAUCCUGUUCGUUGAUAUAUAAACAUUUUACUUUCUCACUGUCAUAUAAUUAUGCCUGGGAUGGUUUAAGCCUUUUCAAACUUCCAGAGCAUUUGUCACCUUUCAAGAAGGCAAGAACAUGGGAAAACACAAAACACCAUCUGCAAAUUUUGUGUAAUUUAAUAAAUAUGCACAUUAAAGAUCAAUGAUCAAACUAUUUUGAUGUUUUUGUAGUACCA